UCAAUGAUUUUUGCUCAAAAAUCUCGCGUUGAAGCCUACGAACAAACAUUAAGUUUGUGUUUAUUUUGUAUUGUACUUAACUUUUGUAUGUAAAAACAGUGGAAUUAGAUGGACUAUUUUAUUAAUUUAAUGAAAAAAUCACAGAUAAAGUUGAUGGUUAUGCCCAAAUGCAAUAAUUAAACAACUCAAAUUUUAUGUAAACAAACCGUAUUACUACAAAAUACAACUCGUCUUCGUGAAAUUGUGACUCAUUCACGUAACUUUGGGUAUCCGUUAAUAAUUAUGUGUCAAGGAGAAUGAUGACUCCAUUGGUACUUAGCGUCCGUACUCAGUUAUCUCACUCGACCAGCGUGAAAUCGUGAGUUGUGUGGUGUGGUGCCUCUAAACUGAGCCGUACAUUUUUAUCAUUUGUAUGAAUUAUAUGAAUAAUCAUGACAUAUCCAAACCAGCCACCGCCACCUCAAUUCUUGGGCUCCUCCAACACCGUGUUUAUUACAGAAACACGCUUUGAUCCAUCGUACCUAAAAACACCACCCGGCAUCAUCAAAUCUAUUAUUAUUCUAUUUAACUUGAUUGCGUUCAUCUGCAUCCAAGCAUCAGCGUUCUGGUCGAAUGGCCGCGGUGUGUUCUUCAACACUGUGGCUGCCGUCGGCUUCAUCUUCUCCGGAGCGCUGCUCGCGCUGUAUGUGUUCCAUGUCGUGGAGAAGUACCACAACCUGAAGUGGCUGAAGAUCGAGCUGGUCGGCAAUGUGGUGCUGGUCUUCUUGUUCUUGAUUGCAUCUACGAUUGUUGUUGCAUUCGGAUCGGCGGCUUAUUCAGCAGCUGGGUUCUUCGGCUACCUAAGCAUGGUGCUGUACGGGCUGGAGGCCUUCCUGAAGGUGCGCGCGCUGCAGGCUGGUGACCUGGCGCAGGGAAGCCGCGUGGGCGCCGCCGCGCCACACGUGCUCACACCGCCCGCGCUGCCCUAGGCCUCCAGCUAAGUCCGUCAACAAUUUCAUCGAUUAAAAUAAAAAACCUGCCCUGUUCUGCAUAAAAAAAUCGACCAAACCUCGGCUAACUGCCAUCCGUCUCAGUCAGAGUUGCUCACUCACGCGUCUAGUGCUAUAGUGUCAAAAUUUGACUACAUGGUGUGCACCGCGCUUUGCCGUGGCGAGAUGAACACUUGAUGCUUGAAGAGGAUCAAAUCCCUAAGUUACUAAGGCUCAAUUUAUGGCAAUAUAUCCCGUAGUGAUAUUCCGUUGAUGAACUGCUUUCACUUCAGAUUUACUACAAUACUUAUGUGAAGUAUUUGAAAUCCAACGGGUUUUAGAUUUGGUGGUCACGUUUAACUCAUUUCGCUCUAAGACGAAUUCGUUUUUAAACGGUUUUAUUUAGCUUGUUUCAAGUCAGCAUUAAAAUGUAGACGAAAAAGUAAAUUCUGUGGAAUUAAAAGGGAGAUUGCGAAACAAAGCUGUGCAGCAUGUGCCAGAAGUUUGGAAAGGUUCAGAGGCUAUAAUCAAGUGGUGCUCAAUCUGUAGGGUGGCUUCAAACGUUCGUGCUCGACUGAAUAAUGUAGAUAGGUGAAGCAGAGUUUUUCGAAGUAUUUUAUUGUAUAGGUCUAACAAGCGACUAUAGGCCGAAUUGAAUAUCAAACAAAAUAUUAAUUUCUGACAAAACUAAGCAGAAAAAUCGACGCAGCAUAAAUAAUGCAUUUGUUGUUUAAUAAUGUAUAUGUUCAGUUAGAAAGGCACCCAAAUCGUAUUUUGCUAAAACAUUGAUUUUCAUAAUUAAUCAACUUAAUCAAUUGUUUUAGAAAUCGACUUGAUAUUACAUAUUUUAUUACAAUUUUAUAUACCUACCUACUAUACUAACGACCACGUUUAUUCAAAGACUAGUUAUAAGGAUUUAUUUAUUAAUUUUCCUGUUUCGUUUAAGUAAUAUUUAAGUAUUUUGAAUUAAUCAAAGUUUUAUGUAAUAAGGAAAAUUUUAAUAAAUAAUGUUUACUCACAGUGUAUUCACUGAUUUUACCUUGUUUGGGCAAGGUAUUGAUCAAGAGUUUCAACAAAAUAUUAUUUUCACUGUUUUGAAUUUAGUUCCGAAAAAUUCCGUUGUCCGUAAAUUCUCAUGGCGCUGCAUGAUAAUAUAUGGGUAUUUUUAUUUUGUUUUUCAAUAUUUAUCAUGCGACCCACCUAUUUUGUGCUCACGCAUGUGUAAUAAUGAUUGUAUGUUCUAAGCGCUUCUAUUACUGUACCUCAGUUUGUACUUAUACUACUUAAUGUAAGUCUUAAAUGUUUGUGAUAUAAGUUAAGGUCAUUUUGAAUAAUAUUGGUUCGGAAUGGAAUUAAUAUUAUACUUGCGCGAUUAGUUACGUGUGGAGAGCACCUCCCAAUGACGUAUUGUUCUCGCUGAUUAUUUAACCGAGUUAAAAAAAGGAGGUUCUAUUUAUAGUCAGUGACGUCACUGUCCUAGUCUCAACGCGUUAUUUGUGAAGAAUAAUGUUCUUUGCUGUAACUUCGUCCCUUGUAAAAUAUGCAACAAUUGCUCAUAAUUCGUGUCAAACGUAGUGUCGCAACAUUAAAAUUGAACAAUGGGACUUGACGAAACACAGUUGAAAAUAUAAUUUUAGGAAUUUAGUACCUAUUCCAUUUUGGUUCCAUUUUAUUUUUUCGUACAAAUACUUACAUCAUGUACCUAGACCACCUAAUAACUAUUUUUGUAACAAUUAACUUGUAAUUAAUUAACAGCCCGUUCAACCAUUACUUCUCGGUCUAAUUGAGCGAUGUCAAACGUGUAAUAAGUGUGCACGAUAAUUAUACUCUCUGACAAAGGGACCUUAGUUGUUUUGUUACAAAUCCAUACGAUAUAAUCUACAAUAGGAAACCCCCCCCCCCCCCUUUUUUUUAGGUGGUAAAAAUGCAUUGAGCUGCAUACUCGCCGCUGUGGUCAGCAGGCGACGGGUUAUGUGGGGCUCUCCCCUCCAGACGGGAGGGGCCUACCCACU